AUGCCAACUACAUACUCCACAAUUAUUCAACCACUCACACAUUUACAACCACAGCCUCAAAUUCAAUCAGAAACCAAACCAAAAGUUGAGGCCAAUCGACCAACUUUUCAAACUCAGCUAAAAAAAUUUCUGACAAGUGAAAAGCCAGUUACCUCUGGUAAGAAAAAGUUCACCCUGGUGCUGGAUCUGGAUGAAACUCUGAUCCACUCUGAGUUUGUUACUGACGGCAACCACUCCUUUUCCACUACUAUCAAGAAUGAUACCGAAAAUCAGACUAUUUAUGUAUACAAAAGACCAUAUGCUGAUGAAUUCCUAGAGCAAGUGGCUAAGCUUUUCGAAGUGGUCAUUUUUACUGCAGGAUCUGAGCCAUAUGCCAAGGCGGUUAUCGACAUUCUUGACAAGAACAAGGUCGUAUCCAAAUGCUAUUACCGCGAUUCAUGUUUAUCAUAUCGUAAUUGCUAUGUCAAAGACCUACGCAUACUAAACAUACCUCUAUCAAACAUUGCAAUUGUGGACAAUUCACCUAUAUCGUAUUGUAUACAACCAAAAAACGCUAUACCAAUAACUACGUGGAUAAAUGACCCAAACGACACUGAGUUACUAAACCUACUCCCCUUCCUUAAGAGAGCUUCUAUGUCCGAGUCCUUCGUUGCCGCUUUGGAGGAAAACGACCUUUUAGAAUAUGGAUUUAUUAUUUCCCCCGGUGCAAAGAUUAAACAUAAGAUUGACCCCUACAUUAUAUUAUGA